AUGGAGGCUGUCAAGAGCGUGCUCCUGGCCAAAGCACCGGUAGCGGACGCUCCCCUAGAGUUUGGAGGUCACAGAAUUGCGGAAGAACCUACCAAGAAGCUCGGUGUUGGCGGAGUUCUAUCCAAGUUCGCACGGUUCUUUGGCCCAGGAAUGAUCCUCGCCGUCGCUUACGUUGAUCCGGACAAUUUCCAGACGUCUGUUGAGGACGGCCAGGAUUUUGGAUACAAGAUGCUGUUCAUGGUUCUAUUCUCUCUUGUCGUUGCCAUCUAUCUUCAGUAUCUCUGUCUAAGAAUGGCAACCGUUACAGGACUCAAUCUGGCCCAGAUGAACCACAAAUACAUGCCCCGCUGGCUAGAACUAUCUAUCUAUGCUGUUGCGGAGGCCUGCUGUAUUUGCACCGACAUUAGUGCUGUCAUCGGUACUGCCUUUGCUUGGAAUCUUCUCAUCCCCAAGCUCCCACUCGAUGCAGCAUGUGUGAUCACAGUAUUUGACACCCUUCUCAUCUUGCUCUUUUACUCACCAACUGGUACGCUUCGUCACAUCCGCUAUUUUGAGAUGUUCAUGGCCGCUCUCGUGGCCGUCAUUUUCAUCACUACUGCCAUCGCCCUUGGCCAGGUCCAUCCAGCACCUGGCCCGGUGUUCAAAGGAUUCUUGCCCUCGCGCGAGAUCUUCGUCAGUCAAGGCAUGUACUCUUCGGCCGGCAUGGUCGGAGGUAUGCUAAUGCCACAUGCCUUGUACGUCGGCUCUUCGAUUGCUCAACCUCGCCUUCUCGAGUAUGAUACCAAGUACCACAUUACCACCUUCCGACAGAACGAAACGCCCAUCGACGUAUUCUAUCGCCCCAGCCUCCGUGCCAUCAAGUCCACCCUCCGCUACGCAACGUGGGAUCUCUGUCUAGCUAUCUUCGUCGUUGGCCUCUUUGUCAACUCCGCUCCAGAAAUCCUUUCCGGUGCCGCUUUCUCCCAGGAUGGCAACUUUACCGAUCUCUACGACCUGUACAGCCUCUUCCAGACUGGCAUCAACCAGCUCUCGGCCACUAUGUUUGCCGUCGCUUUCCUCUUCUCCGGGAUUGCUGCUGGAAUCGUGUCGACCAUGGCUGGACAAACAGUCAUGGAAGGUGCCUUCCAGAUCAAGAUCAAUCCUUUCGCCAGACGCUUGAUUACACGGUGCAUAGCUAUCAUUCCGGCUCUUAUCGUCACCGUAUCGGUUGGUCAAGAAGGCAUUAGCAACGCGCUGACUGCUGUAAACUACAUCCUUUCCAUCGGCCUCAUCUUCGUCCUGCUCCCGGUGAUCUGGUACGUAACGCACGAUAAGUACAUGAGCGUACUCAAUGACGAGGGAACGGAACUUGUUAGCUUAAAGCUGGGUUUGACUGGAACUAUCUUUGCGUGGGCUGUCUGGGCGAUUGUCAUCGUUACUGACGUUGCGACAAUUGUCUUGCUUGGAUUGGGAUUAUCUGACUAG